GUUUUGGCAGCAGCCCCUCCGGGCAAGGGGAAGCUGAUAUCAUAAUUAUUGGCUCACCUGGCAGCUGCCUCCCCUCACCUGAUGUCAGCACAGACACAGGACGGCCAAGCUGACGGACUGACAGACGGACAGAGCUCCUGGCCCCCCAGACCCGGGCCCCCACGCCGACCUGCUUCACUGAGCAGGCCAGGACUGGGUGAUGGUGUCGCUACCCCCGCCGCAGUCUGACGUCACACUGCCGGGCCCCACCAGACUGGAGGGCGAGCGCCAAGGGGACCUCAUGCAGGCGCCGGGCCUCCCAGGCUCCCCUGCCCCACAGAGUAAGCAUGCCGGCUUCAGCUGCUCGUCAUUUGUGUCCGACGGCCCUCCAGAGAGGACACCCUCACUGCCCCCACACAGCCCCCGCGUUGCGUCACCAGGGCCCGAGCAAGUCCAGGGCCACUGCCCAGCCGGCCCCGGCCCCGGCCCCAUCAGGCUCUCACCCUCAGACAAGUAUCCUGGCUUUGGCUUUGAGGAGGCCCCAGCAAGCAGCCCUGGGCGGUUCCUCAAGGGCAGUCACGUGCCCUUCCACCCGUACAAGCGGCCUUUCCAUGAGGACGUCUUCCCAGAGGCCGAGACCACCCUGGCCCUCAAUGGACACUCCUUUAAGACCCCAGGGCUGCUGGAGGCCUUCGAGGAGAUCCCAGUGGACGUGGCGGAGGCCGAGGCCUUCCUGCCUGGCUUCUCAGGAGAGGCCUGGUGUAACGGGCUCCCCUACCCCAGCCAGGAGCAUGGCCCCCAAGUCCUGGGUUCAGAGGUCAAGGUCAAGCCCCCAGUUCUGGAGAGUGGUGCUGGGAUGUUCUGCUACCAGCCUCCCUUGCAGCAUAUGUACUGCUCCUCCCAGCCCCCCUUCCACCAGUACUCGCCAGGUGGCGGCAGCUACCCCGUACCCUACCUGGGCUCCUCACACUAUCCGUACCAGCGAAUGGCACCCCAGGCCAGCACCGAUGGGCACCAGCCUCUCUUCCCAAAACCCAUCUAUUCCUACAGCAUCCUCAUCUUCAUGGCCCUUAAGAACAGUAAAACUGGGAGCCUUCCCGUCAGCGAGAUCUACAAUUUUAUGACGGAGCACUUUCCUUACUUCAAGACAGCACCUGAUGGCUGGAAGAAUUCUGUCCGGCACAACUUAUCGCUCAACAAGUGCUUCGAGAAGGUGGAGAACAAAUCAGGAAGUUCCUCCCGCAAGGGCUGCCUGUGGGCCCUCAAUCCAGCCAAGAUCGACAAGAUGCAAGAGGAGCUGCAAAAGUGGAAGAGGAAAGACCCCAUUGCUGUGCGCAAGAGCAUGGCCAAGCCAGAAGAGCUGGACAGCCUCAUUGGAGACAAGAGAGAAAAGCUGGGCUCCCCACUCUUGGGCUGUCCGCCCCCUGGGCUGUCCGGCUCAGGCCCCAUCCAGCCCCUGGCACCCCCAGCUGGCCUCUCCCCACCGCUGCACUCACUCCACCCAGCUCCAGGCCCCAUUCCUGGCAAGAACCCCCUGCAGGACCUACUUGUGGGGCACGCACCCUCCUGCUAUGGGCAGACAUACUUGCACCUCUCACCAGGCCUGGCCCCUCCUGGACCCCCGCAGCCAUUGUUCCCACAGCCGGGCGGGCACCUUGAGCUGCGGGCCCAGCCAGGCACCCCCCAGGACUCGCCUCUGCCUGCCCACACCCCACCCAGCCACAGUGCCAAGCUACUGGCCGAGCCUUCCCCAGCCAGGACUGUGCAUGACACCCUGCUGCCAGAUGGAGACCUUGGCACUGACCUGGAUGCCAUCAAUCCCUCACUCACUGACUUCGACUUCCAGGGAAAUCUGUGGGAACAGUUGAAGGAUGACAGCUUGGCCCUCGACCCGCUGGUACUGGUGACCUCAUCCCCGACAUCAUCUUCGAUGCCGCCACCCCAGCCACCACCCCACUGCUUCCCCCCUGGGCCUUGUCUGACAGAAACAGGCAGUGGGGCAGGUGACUUGGCACCCCCGGGCAGUGGGGGCUCCGGGGCACUGGGUGACCUGCACCUCACCACCCUCUACUCUGCCUUUAUGGAGCUGGAGCCCACGCCCCCCAUGGCCCCUGCAGGCCCCUCUAUGUACCUCAGCCCCAGCUCCAAGCCCAUGGCCCUGGCAUGAGCUGUGCCCAGCAUCGUCGGCUCCAGCGUUUGCCUGGUCUGGAAGUCCUGGCUGGCCGCCCACAUCGGGCUCAUCUUAAAGGUCAAGGAAGGAAAAUACUACCUGUCCCCUAUGCCACUAAGCCAAUGUAUGUGUUAGCUGGUAGCUGGGGGCACAGAGGACAUCAUCUGGGGUGCUGCCUCUCACACAUUUCUGCCAUGUGGUGGCCCAGCUCCUCACCCAGGGCCCCCAAAGAGCAAGUGUCUGGGCAAGAAGAAAAUGCACUGUCCCUAACUCACACUCAUCCACACUUAAGCCCUCGUGCACACUCAUGAAUUAUUCAGAUGUACACCCACCCACAUAUCUUACAGCCAGAGGAACCAGCACUCCAUCACUGAGAGGCCGACUUCGUUUCUGGGGCAACUGAGAGCUGAGGGCUUUGCUUACCAAAAGCUCAGGGCCCUGUGCCAGGCCAAAGAUCCCCCCAGACCCCCAUUCUGACAUCCACAUGCUCUGCAGGCCUGGCCCCACCGUCAUUUUCUUUCCCAGAAGAUCCCUGUAUUUAUUCCCCCAUCUUCAUCCCAACAGCCCAGCAAGAAGGAGGACAUAGACAGCCCCUCCCUGGGUUGUCUGUGGACCCCCCAAGGAGCUGCUAAUUGGCAGCACCUGCUCAGCCAGGCUCUACCCAUCCUUAGUACAUGCUCUGUCCAGCUUUCCCCAGGGUGACAUACAGAAGGGGCAACAUCUACCCGGGCACCAAACUGAGCCCAAUUCCGAAGCAGUGUUUGGAAAAGCCCUUGCCCUCGGAAACUUGAACAUGUCCUUUUGCCCGAGUCCCGGGUGCAGGAAGUGCCCCUCCAGGUCACCACAAUCUCACUCCUCCUCCAGAAAGAAAAGUUCACAUAGUUUAGGUCCCGGCUUAACUCUACUUAUGAUGGUUCAACUUACACUUUUUCAACUUUAAGAUGGUGCAAAAGCAAUACACAUUCAGUGUGUUCCUCAACUUAGGAUGCGGUUAUGUCCAAUAAACCCACCGUAAAUUGAAACCACCGAAAAUCAAAAACCACUUUCGAAUUACAAUGUUUCCCACUCAUGAUGGGUUUCUCCGGAUGUAGCCCCAUGGUAAGUUGAGGAGCACCUGUUAGUUACUUCCAACUGUCUCAGGCAACCUGGGCAUUCAGGAGAAAAGCCUGGCACAGGGUGGCAGGGAAGCACACAUGCAAAGCAUCCCCGCUUUGACUGCUUGGCAGACCUAGGGUGCCCGGGAAGCAUAAGGGAUACCCCUGGCCCUGCGGGGUGUGGCCCAGGUGCCUGCCAUGAGCCUGACCCCACCAAGGGGGAACCUCAGCCCACCCUGGGCCUGGGGGUGACGAGAACUUCCAGAGGUUGGCCCCAGGCUCAUAGGAGGCAUAAGCAGAUCAUGAGAUGGCUUGUCAUUGUCCCCUGUCCUGGAACAAUAAAGCAAGUGCCUUGUGGUCUCACUA